AUGAGCUUACAUCUACCAGCGGGCCAGGUCGACCUGGAGGGAGAGAUUUCUGACGGGUCUGCGUCGAGCUCCUCGUCCGACGCUGGACAGGAGGAAACAUGGAGUGAUUGGGUCUCCGAUUCGAUGGGCGACCAGCCAUGCAAGUCCUUGUUUGACGAUAAUACGCUGCCUUCUGUACUUGCGGCCCAUCAAUACGAUCUUGAGAAGCAUAACUUCAACCUGAACGAAACCGUCAGCAAGCUGGGGUUGGACUUUCACGGGCGCGUACGCCUGAUCAACUACAUCAGGAAACAGCAUCCGCCGACCGCACUCUUGACCAACUUGACGGGUAAAGAAACUUUCUUCGAGCAAGACGAAUAUCUGGUGCCAGCGAUUGAGAACGAUCCACUAUUGCUUCAAUCAGACGAUUGGUCCUCCGACGAAGAAGAUAACGCUCCAUCCACCUCCGCUCCUAAAGAUCUCAAGUCCGCGACGAAGCGCAUCCACACGCUCGAAUCCAAGCUCGCGCAAGCCGAGCGCGAUCUUAAGGAGUACCAGCGCCUCGUGAGGGAAAGGCUGGACGUCGCGAGGUUACAGGAUGCCAUAAGUAACGAUGACGGCGCGGGACCCAGCGGUACGAAGCGCGACGAUGACACGUACUAUUUCGAUUCCUACGGUGCAAAUGACAUCCACGCGGUCAUGAUUCAAGACAAAGUUCGCACUUCGACCUACGCCUCGUUCAUUCUCACCAACCCGGCUAUCUUCCGGGACGCCGUCGUUCUGGACGUUGGGUGUGGGACUGGGAUCUUGAGCUUGUUCGCGGCGCAGGCGGGCGCGAAGCAUGUUUAUGCUGUGGACGCGAGCGGGAUUGCGAAUAAGGCGAGGCAGAUUGUCAAGGCGAAUGGGUAUGAGGACGUCAUAACUGUCAUUCAGGGCAAGAUCGAAGAGAUCAAGCUUCCCGAAGGUGUAGACAAAGUCGACGUGAUAGUCUCGGAAUGGAUGGGUUACGCCCUCCUGUACGAGUCCAUGCUCGACUCGGUUCUGGUCGCGCGCGAUCGCUUCCUGAAGCCCGAUGGCCUACUCGUGCCUUCCGAGACGCGCAUCAUGCUUGCGUUGUGCUCGGCGAGCGAGAUCCACAAGGAGAGAGUGGAGUUCUGGGGAGAUGUGUAUGGUUUCGAGAUGCAGGCUAUGGCGGAUGAAGUGUUCGGGGAGGCGGUUAUUGAUGUUGUAGGUGGUGAGACGGUGUUGAGUGCGCCCCAAUGCAUCAAGGAUCUGUACCUCAAGGAUACAACCCCGCGCAACCUCGACUUCACUGCGCCUUUCACUCUGACCUCCACCUCGGAUCGCAAACAAAAAGUCCACGCCCUAGUCCUCUACUUCGACACGUUCUUCUCCAUCAUCCCCGAGCCCAUCCCUCCCGAAACCAAAGUCUCGAUCGUCAAAUCAGAAGGCGGAGCCGUAGCGGAUGUCUUCCGUCUUGGCCGUCGUCCGUCGAGGAGAUCAAGCCAAAGCGCGAAAAGUCUGGUGACGAGCUUUAGUACUGGUCCGCAGAGCCAGGCUACGCAUUGGAAGCAGACGCUGUUCUUGUUGAAGGAGCCGAUCAACCUGGACGACGGGACUGUGGUCAGUGGGACGUUCCAUCUCAGGAAGAGCAAGGAUAACUCGAGGGAGCUGGAUGUUGAAAUUCACUAUACGGUCCGGGAGAACGCUGAGGCGGAGGCGCCAAAGGACGUUGUUGUGCAGGUGUAUAAGGUUCGGUAG